CAGCUAAUUGUCCAACUUUAGUGGACGGUCAGUGAACGCAGCACACCGAAGAGAUAGACAUAGAUUGCUGUACUAUCCCGGAUUCGGAGCCUUUCUCUUUCACCUCAGGUUUGCCCCCAGGUGCUGGUACCAUGUCGGAUGCAGAAAGGCUGCGUUGAUGUUGCGCGUGCGUGAAGCUCCCCAACGAUUCUUCUGCCUUCAAACAUCAUGGCGGAACCUACCGUCAGGAUAUCUGGAUUUCUUCUUACGUCUUUAAUGUUUCAGCAUCUCAACAAAGACACCGACGUGGAAGGUCUGAUCCUCGGGGAGACGCAUGUUGAAGAACAUGUGACCAUCAGUGACGUACGAGAUGACCACGUUGACCUGUGCCACACAUACAGCAUCCAUAAGCACCUCUGCUUUGACACACUCAACAUGCUGUAUGACAACGUGGGGGGUGUGAAGAUGCGUGCGGUCCAGAAGGUGUUGGGCUCCACCAAGCAGGAGAGUGUGAUUGGCUGGUACCGUCAGCGUAGGAACUCGGAGCAGCGCAUGACAAUGCGAGAGAAAGCGGUGCAUGAGAACCUGAGGAGGGCGCUGUCCAGGUCUCACAUGAUCUUUGUGCUGCUGACGCCCGGCAUGCCCACGUGUACGGGCUCGACCCAUCGCACCGACUACUCCGCCUUCCUCCCCAGUGGCAGGCACGUGGCCGGCCUCCCCCUCGUGGUGGACAACAUGGCCUCACUGGACCAGCUGCCGUACUGGGUGGCGUCCACGCCCUGCUCCUAUGCGCCAGCGUACCAGCGGGCCGUCUGCCAGCACAGUUCCAAGUUCUUUGCUCCUGACGGACACCUGAGAGACGUGGACGCCGUCAACGCCAUGAACGAGUCUUUGCAGGCCGAGCUUCAGAGAGCGUGCAGUGUGGUGGCGGACAGUGAGCGUGCGGUCCAGGCUCUGCUAGUUGAUGUCUGCGCCCUCAGGAACAAGUUAGCCAACAGGAAGUUGUCGGCAGCGAGCAAAGCUGACGGAGCGCCUCCCGUGAAGGCGAACCUUGGCCUCCAGCUGGCCAUCAGAGCGCUGCUCUUUAGCUCAGCGCUCUACACCUCACACACAUUGACACUGGACGCCUUUCCCGUGGCCGACGCUUCCGGGCAAGAAAAGCUCCGCCCUCUGCGGCCAACCGCAGCUCAGAAAAGGACAUCAGGACCAAUGACAGAGCGUGAGAGGAAGCGGCGUAAGAGAGAUGUGAUAUCGCCACAAAAAAUGAAGAAAGACGCAGUCAGCAGUCAGACGUUUUAAUAGCCAAUGAGCGAAGGGGGGAGACGGGGCUAAUCCGGCUGUUUGAUGCUGCAGAUGUUUGGAUCUCUCAUCAACUGUGGAUGUUUGUGCGUCACCGACAUGAAACCUACAAACACAGUAAAGCAGCCCAUGUGACCUGAUGCAGUAGCUGCUUGCGGCCGCAGACAAUGUCCACCGGAGGCACCUUACCCAUAGCGUGAGCCUUCUUGAUGGCUUUGGAGAUGGCUUUUUGUUUUGGCCCACAAAGUCCUGACAAAAGACGACACUGUACUUAAUAAAGUCACUUGA